GAAAUGAAAUCGUUAUAUCUUGCAGUACAUGGAUGUCAGCGAUGGGACGGGAGCAGCUGCAUUGAGAUAUCUGGGAAAUGAAGGACCAUCUAAUAUCGUGACCGCUCUGGAUUGCCGAGAGAAAUAUGGGAAGAGAUGUUGUCGCUCUCUCGCGCGAAUCUAUAGAGCUGAGCUCACUCUGUCAAAGCUGAGUUUCUACUCCAAAUUUGUUGGUUAUGACUACAAAAUGUUGAAAUGGAAAGAGAUGGAUGUUUCGCGAGAGCUAUAUGAUUUUAUUGGGCCUAAUGGUGCUUUUCUUGGUCUCUCCGGUGAUUCUUCUUAUCUAAUUGCGGUACGAGUUGGUCUCCUCAGGACGGAAGCUAUGCUGUAUUUCAUCGAGUUAUCACCAGAAAGUGCAGUUCAGCGAAGUUUUUUAUAUCUACCUGACUUGAGUCCACAUACAAGAGUGCGAAUAUACUUUCACCCUUUGAAUCGUUUCAUAUCAUCUUUCAUUUAUGACCAAUCGCACCUGCUCUCUGCUUACAAGAAUGGCCUUUCUGAGUCAUCCACUUUCAAAGUAGUCACAAUAUUCCCCGACCUGAUGCUUCGUCUAAGUUUGAGUUCUUCAGCCACAAUUGUUUGUAGAAACUUACCGAAAGGAAAGGGGAUGAUGAGGAAGGAUUAUCUACGUAUUCAUGACAAUGGUUUUGCGCUAAACACUGGCGUCAAUCUACUAAUGAUUCUUUUCUCUAAAACACCUCCAACAAAAAUAAAAUACAUGCAGAAAAUGUGGAGAGUCAUAAGACGUGACAAAGGACCAACUUUUGGUGGACGACCUCAUACGGUUUCUGCUGAUUUGGGCGAAGAAAUUUCUGUGGAAUCGUCAAUUAUGCAAGAAACAGAUUUUGAACGAAUGUCUUAUCAGCUUGUUGGUUGCGAAGAUCACAGUUACAGUGAUACUGGUCAACUUUUUGGUCUUCUUCGACCGCUCUAUAUAUCACGUCAUGUAGUGUGCAUAGAGAGUUUGAUUGAUAGGUCGGUGAACGCCUUUAUUCGCCGUUCUAAAUCCUUCAAAGGAGCGUGCUACAAGGGAAGCCGUGACUAUGAGACUGAUGUGAAUUGCGUGGAUGAUCAGGGUGUGUGCAAACUUAUCAUCAUCUGCGUUUGCGAAGUUCAAGUACCUUUUAUGGACAGUGAAAACACUAGGAACAUAUUUUAUCUUUGUCGCAUCGACACUAGUUGGAGCGUCUACCGAGGCUGGAUACCAGGCGGCGCUUGUCGAUUUCUGAAAGAGUUGCCACAUGCACUUGCUUUCAAUCCACGAUGCUGGUACCCUUUUGCACGGUUUCCAGUAGAGCAAAAUGAAUACACUUACAAUGUGGCUAACAGAGGAAUGUUUUAUGAGAAACCUCAGCAACGUCUUACCUCAUUUCAUGGAUGUUUGGAUGUAAUAUUAGAUUCGGAUGAAUGAACUGUUGGAUCUGUAUAUCGUUAGUUUUGUACAAUAAUUUGUUCUUGUGAUCAUGAUGUUGUCUUUGUUCUGUGCUCUUUGUUUCUGUGAAAAAAAAAACAUGUAUAUCUUUUUAGGUGUUAAGGUAUUGUUUACAACAAUCAGACUUUUUUCUAGUUACAUUCUCGUUGGUGUGUUUGAUCUCUAAGACCGCAUUUAAUAAACUGGUA